AAAAGAAGGUCUGAUUUUUAGUCUUUUUCUUAGUUAUUAUUUUUUUUGUUAAAAGAAUGUGUGAUUUGGGACGUAAUUACAAGAUUGAUUAUUUAAAGGGAUAUUUAUUUAAACUUGUAUUUUCUUGCAGUUCAAUUUCAGAGUUGGAUUUCAUCAAGAAGAUUGUGGAAAGGGUUGAUUUUACUUUAACCAAAAUUUCAUCAAAGGAUAAAAAUAGUCCUGAGACAUCUAAGGUGUGUUCUUAGUUUUGUCUUCUGAGAUACAUAUAGAUAGUUUGUCUUUUUUUUUUUUGUCUUCAAUAGUUAGACAUUGUGGCUGAAUCUUUACAGGGGGAAGCAUCAAGUCCAACUGAUGUGCAUCACUUAAACGAGAUGAUCCACACGUCAAGGACACUGGAAGCUCUGCAACUGGAAAGAUCUUCUUAUCAAGGCUUCAUGGUUGGCUCUGUCUGGAAAGAUGCGGUUAUCUCGUCGAUGCAUAGUAGCAGCCCUAGUUUCAGAAUUUCUCAUCAUGGAAACCCUCUUCAGUUUAGGGACUACAAUUGGGGUUUUCAUUCGAGGCCUUUUUUGUCCCCAAAUUUUGGUUCUUUCGUGGAAGUACCAAGAUGGAAUAGGCUGGUGGAGCCUAAAGUGCCUCAAGGUUAUAUACGAAGCAGCUCAUAUCACAAUAUAAAUCAUUAUCACCCUUCGCCUUAUGAAAUGGGUUUCAACCAAUACCCUACCUUGCAUCAUCAAACAUGCGUGGACAAUAAUUGUAGAUUUCCGUUGUGUGAUAAGUCAAAAGAUGAAUACUCCAUACCAUAUCAACCAAGCAUGGACUGUCUUAUGCUUCCAACAUCUAAUGAUGCGGAGAAGCAAGGAGACAAAACGAAUUGUAUUUCAUUGUUGUGUUACUUUUUCGAACGUUGUUUCUCUUUUACAUAGGGAUAAAAAUAAGAUGGCUGAGGACUAGUCGACAUGAACUAUCCGAGGACUAGUCGACAUGAACUAUCCGCUCAACUUGCAAGGAACUGCUACUUAGAUGUUUUACGCAAAAGCCUCUGUGUUUAGAUGUUUUUUUCUCUCUAAUAAAAGUGUUUAUGAUUACUUUUCAACCUAUAUCGGUGACUGCUGUCUGCAUGUGUAACACCUUAUUGGGAGUAGAGCGCUAUAUCUAAUUUUACGUCAAAGAAAGAUCGAUCAAUCAAAUAGUGAAUCUGUGUGUUAGCAUCGCAUCGCAGUUUUGGAAGUUAAAAGCACAGACACAAAGGGAUCCAUGAUUUGGAACUUUGUACCGCGUCGUUGUCAUA